GAUUUGGUUCUGAUGGUCUGACCGCUUAAAGAAGGGCUCUCUCUCUUCCAGUUUUUCUUUUUUAAACUACUUAAUGCCUUUCUCCAUAUUCUUUCUUUUCAUUCUCUUCUGCUUCUCUUCCUCCUUUCUCAUGUUUCCUAACAGUCUUCAAAAAUCUUAGAGACAGAGAGGUAUAGAGGAGGAGAUAGAAUACGACAGCAUCCUUAGCUCGUCACUGGUGCAAACCUAAAGGAGAUUUUUGAUCUAUUAAAGUACAAAAUACUGUAUCCCUUAGAAUCAUUCUUAAAGACUUACAAAUGGGCUCCAUGAAUUCAAACAAUUGGCUUUCUUUUCCUCUUUCUCCUACUCAUCCUUCUUUGCCUACCCAUUUACAUACUUCUCACCCUCAACAGUUUUCGCUAGGGUUAGUCACUGAAACUAUGGACAACCCCUUUCAAGCCCAAGAAUGGAGCCUUGUUAACAGCCAAGGCAGCAAUGAAGUUCCAAAAGUUGCAGACUUUCUUGGCGUGAGCAAAUCCGAGAAUCAAUCAGAUCUUGUUGCCUUCAAUGACAUUCAGGCUAAUGACUCUGACUAUAUUUUUCAAAGCAAUAGUCUGAUGCCUGUGCAAAACACUGUAGCAUCAGCUUCUAGCAACUAUGAGUUUCAAGAAAAUUCUAAUAAUUUGCAGUCAUUGACAUUGUCGAUGGGUAGUACUAGUGGCAAAAGUUCUACAUGUGAGACCAGUGGCGAUAACAGUAAUCAUACCGUUGAAGCUGCCGCCCCAAGAAGGACACUAGACACAUUUGGGCAAAGGACAUCCAUAUAUCGUGGUGUAACAAGACAUCGAUGGACGGGACGGUAUGAAGCUCAUCUGUGGGAUAAUAGCUGUAGAAGAGAAGGUCAAUCUAGGAAAGGACGACAAGUUUAUUUAGGCGGUUAUGACAAAGAAGAAAAAGCUGCGAGGGCUUAUGAUCUGGCUGCAUUAAAGUAUUGGGGAACUUCUACUACUACAAACUUCCCAAUCAGUAACUAUGAGAAGGAAUUAGAGGAGAUGAAGCACAUGACUAGACAAGAGUUCGUUGCCUCCAUUAGAAGGAAGAGUAGUGGCUUUUCAAGGGGUGCAUCCAUGUAUCGUGGAGUUACAAGGCAUCAUCAACAUGGAAGAUGGCAAGCUAGGAUUGGUAGGGUUGCAGGAAACAAGGAUCUUUACCUAGGAACUUUUAGUACGGAGGAGGAGGCUGCAGAAGCUUAUGACAUAGCAGCAAUAAAGUUUAGAGGACUGAAUGCAGUGACAAACUUUGACAUGAGCCGAUAUGAUGUGAAGAGUAUUCUUGAAAGCAAUACUUUACCAAUUGGUGGAGGAGCAGCAAAGAGACUGAAGGAAGCUCAAGCAAUCGAAUCAUCAAGAAAAAGAGAGGAAAUGAUUGCUCUUGGUUCAAGUUUUCAAUAUGGAAGCUCAAGCUCUGGCCGUCUACAAGCUGCUUAUCCUUUAAUGCCUUUUGAGCAACCUCAGCCCUUACUAACCUUACAUGAUCAAGAUAUUUCUCAUUACACCCAAGAUUCUUCAUUUCAUCAAAAUUAUCUCCAAACACAGCUUCACUUACACCAGCAAUCUGGGUCUAAUAAUUACUUGCAACAGUCAACCCACCAUAACCCUCAGCUUUACAAUAGUUAUAUGCAAAACAAUCCAGCUUUGCUUCAUGGGUUAUUUAACAUGGGUUCUUCAUCAUCUAUUAUGGAGACUAAUGGAAAUUCUAGCGGGAGUUAUAGCGGUGGAUAUCUUGGAAAUGGGCUUGGGAUGGCUUCAAAUUCUACAGGGUCUAAUGCGGUUGGACCGGCAGAAGAAGUUGCUCUUGUAAAGGUAGAUUAUGACAUGCCUUCUGGAGGAUAUGGAAACUGGUCUGGAGAUUCAGUUCAGGGAUCAAACCCAGGAGGAGUUUUCACAAUGUGGAAUGAUUGAAUUACAUCUUCUCAAGAUGUGAAGAUGCAGGAUCAAUUUACUAUAGUUUCUUAAUGACUUUCAUUGAGCAAGCAGGAGUUGAGUUUUAAUGCAAAACCCUAAAGAGAGACAGACAGGCCUCUUCAAUAAGUUGGAAGAAGUCCUUUUUCUUAACUUUUUUUUGUUUUGUUAUUGUUAUAAUUUUCCUAAUCAUAUUUUGCUGAGAGACAAAGUUAGCUAGGGUUUGUAUUGGAGAUAAACUGACUGACCUAAUUAAUUUGCGAUCUAUUGGGUCUAUAUUUGCCAUGUCAGUUUUAUGGGUGGAAAGUUGGACCCAAAUUUUUUAUCCAAAACAUAUCCAUCUUAUCUAUUCAAUCACAUAUAGUUUAUUUUGCA